AUGUCAGAGAACAAUCCGGAAGUUAACAAUCUAAGAGACUCAUUGAAUAGAUGGAAUGAAUCACGAAAUGCCCAUUCCCAGGGAUUCAAUGAAGGGGCGAAGACGAUAUUCGCAAGUUGGGCAGACUCGAUAAAUGAAAGAGCCCAAGAUGUGUAUCAGAGACUACCGUUAACGCAACAAGACCUUACGGCAAAUCCAGAGCCAGAAUGGUUUUCGUUAAGUAGGACUGAAAGACUUUCUCUAUUCGUUUGUUUCAUAUUGGGUGCUGUAGCGUGCUUCACCAUUUGUGUGUUUUUGUUCCCUGUGCUUGCUGUACAACCAAGAAAGUUCGGUCUACUUUGGUCGAUGGGAUCUUUGUUGUUCAUCUUUGCAUUUGGUGUAUUGCAAGGACCUGUUGCAUACAUGAGACACUUAACAUCAAGGGAGCGUUUACCAUUCACAGUAUUUUUCUUUGUCUCUUGCUUUUUGACCAUUUACUUUGCAGCAUUUACCAAGAGUACGCUUUUGACGAUUCCUUGUGCAAUUCUAGAGUUGAUCGCUGUCAUUUACUACGCAAUAUCCUAUUUCCCCUUUGGUGGCACGGGACUUAGAAUGAUCAGUUCUAUCGGAUUGAAUCAAGCAAGGGGAGUUCUCCGUAUCUGA